AUGUCGAACUCUCUUAAGGUAUUUCGUUUGGGACAUAGUUUAUUUGUCAAUUGCCGCAUCGCCAAAUUCCAACGUCCCAUUUCGAUAAGCGCAUAUCAAUUUCAAAAUUUGAAAGGUGAAGCCUUUAAGAAGCCAUUACCAGUUGAGGAGAAGCAGGCAGAAGCGACGCCAAUCGGUUUAACCCCAACGCAGCGUAGUUUGGUUGAGUUUGUAACAGGCGAAAUACUGGAGGAGCGCCGUGUCCAAUUGCAACUGGAGCCGCCAUAUAUGAUUGAUAAUUUCACCGGUCAUUUUUCUGGCUCAAAAGUGGAAUUAAUCAGAGAAUCGCCCCAGGAACGCAUUAAUAUAUUCUUUAAUGUUAGCAAAAGUGUACCUCGUCGCAAUGAUGAAACUGGAGAUCUGACUCCAGUGCGUAGUGUGCCCAAAUUUGAAGUGCUAAUCAGAAGAAAUGAUCUGCUGCUCUCCAUUUUUUGUGUAUUUAAGCCAUGCGCCUUUGAAGACGUGGAACCAGAGUCGUUAGAUCAGCAGCCUCAGGAGAAUGAAGUAUUUGAGAUACAGGACCUAUCGCUAUACAAUCACGGUUGGAAUGAUAGCUGUUUUACCAUUGAUGCAUCACUUAUUGAUGACAAUUUACAAACCAUGAUUCUUGAAAUGCUUGAAGAGAAGGGUAUUACACAUGAAUUUGCUAGAAAGCUUUCGGACAUGGCAACUGCUCGCGAGCAUGCCCUGUAUAUUGAGUUCUUAGAGAAUCUAUCCAAGUUCACAGUUGGUCUGCCUCAGCCAAUUACACAAGCCAUAAAAUAA